AUGUAUGUAUGGGCAUUUUUGACAGAUAUAUAUUUUUUUAAGUCACAGUGACACAGCAACAGCUGACUAGCAUGUUAGCUAAGAGCUUCGUACGGUUGUGACUCUGCCUAAAUUAUUAGAUAUUCGUUGCAAUUAAGCUUAGCUACUAUAUGCCUUUUUAUUUUGCCCAACGUAAGGCAUUUCGGACUAUUUGUGUUUUUCUAUUUGCGGAACCAGAACGAACAAUAGUAACUUAACACUACGUUAGCUCGUCGGAUAGCUAGCUCGCGAGAUCACACUAGCUAGCUAACGUUAGUUCGUACACAUUGAAGACAACACAGCACUCAACCUAAUUUUACACCACCAAGCUGAAUUAUGGAUCCAAAUAACACUUCGUACGCUGUGAAACUGUACGUUUACGACAUAUCUAAAGGAAUGGCUCGCCAGCUGAGCCCCCUCAUGCUAGGUAUACAGCUUGAUGGAAUAUGGCACACUGCUAUUGUUGUACAUGGAGAGGAGUUUUUCUAUGGGGGAGAUGGCAUCACAAACUGCCCACCUGGAGGAACAUCCCUGGGACAACCCAACUCCAUAAUAGACUUGGGCACCACAGAGGUGACUGAGGAGAUCUUUAUGGAGUACCUGUCUUCACUGGGAGAGUCCACGUACAGGGGGAACCAAUACCAUCUGUUUGAGUGGAACUGUAACACGUUCAGUAACGAAGUGGCCCAGUUCCUCACUGGCAGCAAAAUCCCCGGCCACAUCACAGACCUGCCGGCUGAAGUGCUCUCCACGCCUUUCGGCCAGGCGCUACGCCCUCUACUGGACUCCAUCAAUAUUGCACCUCAGGGGGGCAACACCUUCAACGGACACUAUGGCCAGAGAUAGGCCAGAGAUAGGCCCGAUAACACAGGUGCACAGAGUAAUAUAUUAUACCAACAGUCUGUGUGUGAGGGGUGGGAGAUCUGCAGCUCACCUUUUGUGAGUCCCUUAGGCUGCGUUUACACAGGCAGCCCAAUUCUGAAUUUCUUUUCACGAAUUGGUCUUUUGACCAAUCAGAUCAGCUCUGAAAAAGAUCUGGUGGGAAACGAUCUGAUGUGAUUGGUCAAAAGACCAAUUAAUGACAAAGUUCAGAAAUGGGCUGUCUGUAUGUCAGUCAGUGUUCCAGGCAGAAACCUCACCCUACCUGACCUCUUUAAUACCUUAACACCAACCCAGCCUGGCACACCCCAUCCCCAGCCAUACCUAACUCUCCCCUUUUUCCACUAAAGUUGGCCUGAUCCGUGCCUGUAUUUUAGUAUGUCUUUUUUAAUUACCAUGAUAUGACUGGGUUGCCACUAGAGGGAGAGAAGGAAAGGAAAAGAGAAACGGCUAAAGUGGUGAUAAAAUCUAGACCAAUUCUGACUUGCACUUGUCUUUGUAUUGGGAACUUGCGUAUUCACAUGUCUUUGUACCAACUGUCUUGUGUCAAGGUUUAUCCAUCCCUUGAAUAUAUCGUCACACACUCUCAGGGUCAUCUUGCGAAGAUGACCUCAAAGUACUGAAUGUUUGAUUUUUCUUUUUAUAACUAAAGAGACCACAACCUGUCGUUUCAAAUCGGAACAAAAAGUCAUAAUGGGCAGAACAAGAAAGGAGGUGGGCAGAACAAGAAAGGAGGUGUGCAGAACAAGAAAGGAGGUGUGCAGAGCCAGUUACAAGCAAGCGAGAUCCUUUUGGUGCGUUCUAGCAUACAUUUGCAUAUUUCUGCUUGGGAACACCUACUCUGUGAAGUGCGUGUGCAAUAACUCAAUUAGCUUUUGCACUCCUAAACAGUGCCAUUUUAAAAAAAACUUUAGCAAAGGGUAAAUUCUAGGAAACUUAGUCCACUGUUCAUAACAGGUUCAGGUUUUGGGAACAGAACUGUAUUGAGAUCAAAUGUUUCAUCAAUUAAAAGGAUCUCGGCCAAAAUCCAUCUUCUCCAGCUACUGGGCUUCCUCUCACUGGAAACGCCAAGUGGAUGCUUCACAUUUAUACAGUCGGUGAAGUAUCUGGCGCAUUGUUCUAUCUGUGUCUGGAUCUUUCCAGAGUUUGUAUUCUCAUACCUUUUCAAAUGAGCAGGAAUACACCAUAUACAGGAAUUCUCUAAGAUUGAAAUGUUGUGCAGUCUAAUGUUGAUCCAGGAUAGGAUAUUAAAUAUCAGUGAUUUUUCUUUUGUGGUUUAUUUAUUUUGAUAAUAUGUACAGUGGGGCAAAAAAGUAUUUCGCCAGCCACCAAUUGUGCAAGUUCUCCCACUUUUAAAAAGAUGAGGCCUGGAAUUUUCAUCAUAGGUACACUUCAACUAUGACAGACAAAAUGAGAAAAAAAAUCCAGAAAAUUACUUUGUAGGAUUUUUAAUGAAUUUAUUUGCAAAAUAUGGUGGAAAAUAAGUAUUUGGUCAAUAACAAGUUUCUCAAUACUUUUAUAUACCCUUUGUUGGCAAUGACAGAGGUCAAAUGUUUUCUGGAAGUCUUCACAAGGUUUUCACACACUGUUGCUGUUAUUUUGGCCCAUUCCACCAUGCAGAUCUCCUCUAGAGCAGUGAUGUUUUGGGGCUGUUGCUGGGCAACACAGACUUUCAACUCCCUCCAAAUAUUUUCUAUGGGGUUGAGAUCUGGAGACUGGCUAGGCCACUCCAGGACCUUGAAAUGCUUCUUACGAAGGCACUCAUUUGUUGCCUGGGCAGUGUGUUUGGGAUCAUUGUCAUGCUGAAAGACCCAGCCACGUCUCAUCUUCAAUGCCCUUGCUGAUGGAAGGAGAUUUUCACUCAAAAUCUCACGAUACAUGGCCCCAUUCAUUCUUUCCUUUACACAGAUCUGUCCUGUUCCCUUUGCAGAAAAACAGCCCCAAAGCAUGAGGUUUCCACCCCCAUGCUUCACAGUAGGUAUGGUGUUCUUUGGAUGCAACUCAGCAUUUUUUUUGUCCUCCAAACAUGACGAGUUGAGUUUUUACCAAAAAGUUAUAUUUUGGUUUCAUCUGACCAUAUGACAUAAUCACAAUCUUCUUCUGGAUCAUCCAAAUGCUCUCGAGCAAACUUCAGACGGGCCUGGACAUGUACUGGCUUAAGCAGGGGGACACAUCUGGCACUGCAGGAUUUGAGUCCCUGGCGGCGUAGUGUGUUACUGAUGGUAGGCUUUGUUACUUUGGUCCCGGCUCUCUGCAGGUCAUUCACUAGGUCCCCCUGUGUGGUUCUGGGAUUUUUGCUCACCGUUCUUGUGAUCAUUUUGACCCCACGGGGUGAGAUCUUGCGUGGAGCCCCAGAUCGAGGGAGAUUAUCAGUGAUCUUGUAUGUCUUCCAUUUCCUAAUAAUUGCUCCCACAGUUGAUUUCUUCAAACCAAGCUGCUUACCUAUUGCAGAUUCAGUCUUCCCAGCCUGGUGCAGGUCUACAAUUUUGUUUCUGGUGUCCUUUGACAGCUCUUUGGUCUUGGCCAUAGUGGAGUUUGGAGUGUGACUGUGAGGUUGUGGACAGGUCUUUUAUACUGAUAACAAGUUCAAACAGGUGCCAUUAAUACAGGUAAUGAGUGGAGGACCGAGGAACCUCUUAAAGAAGAAUUUACAGGUCUGUGAGAGCCAGAAAUCCUGCUUGUUUGUAGGUGACCAAAUACUUAUUUUCCACCAUAAUUUGCAAAUAAAUUAAUUAAAAAUCCUACAAUGCGAUUUUCUGGGUUCUUUUUUCUUCUCAUUUUGUCUGUCAUAGUUGAAGUGUACCUAUGAUGAAAAUUACAGGCCACAUCUUUUUAAGUGUAGAACUUGCACAAUUGGUGGCUGACUAAAUACUUUUUUGCCCCACUGUGUGUGUGUGUGUGUGUGUCUAUACUGCUCAAAAAAAUAAAGGGAAUACUAAAAUAACA